AUGCUCCUUUCUUCUCCUUUCCAUUGCCAUUCUAAUUCUCCCUCCACACUUUCCUCGCCAUUACGCCCCAACCUUCCAACCAAUCCCUUCCGCCGCGGCCCAAUCAUGACCCCGGGGCUCCACGCCGCCGACCUCCGCCGGAUCUUCCACCAGCUCGACCGCAACGGCGACGGCCUCCUCAGCAUCGACGAGCUCGGCUGGCUCCUCGACCGGAUCGGAUCCUCGUCCCUCCAAUUCACCAGCGACGAGCUCGAGUCCUCCGUCGGCAAAUCCACCCUCGAUUUCGACGAGUUCCUCGCCUUCUACCGCUCCAUCGAGGACGGCGGCGGCGGCGGGGAGUCGGGGACUUCCGUGGCGGCGGCGGUGGAGAGGGAUUUGGAGGAGGCGUUCAGAGUGUUCGACUUAAACGGCGACGGAUUCAUAACGAGCGAGGAGCUCCAGAAGGUGCUCUCGAGAUUGGGGCUGUGGGACGAGACCACCGGGAAGGACUGCCGCCGGAUGAUUUCGCCGUACGAUACGAAUCUCGACGGCGUGCUUGACUUUGAUGAGUUCAAGAACAUGAUGCGAGAAACGACGUCGUCCUAA